CCUCAAAAGGCUGGGUUAUGAAACCACAGGGACCUUUGGUGCUUGUGUGGUAUUUUCUCUUGGUCCAGGUACCACUCCUAGCAGGAUUAAGCAGCAGGUGACCCAAAUAAAACACUCAAGACGCAAACCCAGUAACUCCAAUCCAUGCUCUGAUUCAGCAAACUACUUCAAGGUGGUGCCUAGGUGCCAGGUUAUCCAAGCAUGACCACCCAGAUGUUCGAAGGCAGAGGCCAUGCGGCCGUCUACCAGAAAUACAGGUUUGCACCGGGCAAAGAGCUGCAGCAAACCAUCCUUGCCUACCUGCAGGAAAAGAAGGCAAUCCCUGCUGAGCUGGUAGUGGAUGUUGGCUGUGGGUCCGGACAAGGCACCCGCUUCCUUGCGGAGCACUUCAAGAAAGUGGUGGGGACGGACAUCAGCGAAGCACAGAUUCAGGAGGCCAAGGACACCUCCUCCAUGCCCAAUGUCUCUUACCUCGUGUGCCCUGCAGAGGAGCUGCCGUUCCAGGACGCCUCUGUGGACGUCCUGGCCUCGUUCACGGCCGCGCACUGGUUUGACAUCGAGAAGUUCAUGAGGGAAGCGCAGCGGGUGGUGAGGCCGGGCGGCUGCGUGGCCAUCAGCACCUACACCGUGGACAUGAGCCUGCGCUACGGAGACUGCUCCGAAAAGCUCACCAAAAUCUUCAGGGAGUGCUGGGACCAGAUUUUAAAAUACUCACAUAAUAGACUAAAAUUCGUCUUGGAAAACUACAAAGAGAUCUUCGAGGCCUUGCCAUUCCCAGACAAGAAGAGAAUCACUGAUAUCUAUGACAAAAUUCCCAUGACUGUUGAGGGUGUGGUUGGUUACUUGGAGUCUGCCUCUCCAUAUCAAACCUUUUUGAAGAGCGACCCUGAAGCUGCAAAAUCCCUCCUCCAAGAGACUGAAAAGAGGAUGCUGGAGACGAUGGGAGUUUCUUCCCGUGAAACCCCAGUGGAGUUCUGGGUGAGGCACGUCUGUGUGCUGGGCUGCAGGGGACGGUGAAAGAGGAAACCCUCCUGAUCUGGUGCUAAAACGGAAGGGAAACGUGGGUUGUCUCCAAAUACCCCACUUGCAGCCGCUCUUUUUCUUUGGGAAGAUUGAUGCUGAUUUCGGUGAUGAAAAUUUUGAUCUUCUGUGGAAAGCAGAGGGGGUUUUAUGCCUCUGGGGUUCCUGCCCACCUUGGUCCUGCAGUGAGCCCAGUGCUGCCCCCUCAGCAGUGGAAGGGUCCUGUUUUGGGCUGGUGGUGGUUGGAUUACACAUGGGGAAGAGAAUCACAGUAAUAGCUGAGAAACUUGCUGCAUUUCUUACACAGUUAAUAAUAAUUAAAAAAAAAA